CCUUAUAAAUAUUUAGAAAUAUUAUUAAUAUUUUUUACAUAGAACUGUCAAUAUGAUAGAGAGAGAGCUAAAACGUCAAAUCAAUUUAAAGUUUAAAAUGAACAUUAAAUUAUAUUAUAAGUAAGUAAAAUUGAUUCUUAAAGGCAGAUGAAAAUCGAUGCGGAAUUGAAUAACACAGCAUGGCGUGUGAGACCUGAAGAGGUUCUUGUUGAAGUGGCCACUGGCAUUGGAACCACGCCCGUUCUUCACAGCAUUAAUGAGGUGUUAAAGCUAUCUCUAGGUUGGAACAUACGCAACACAAAUUCAGUCGGCACUCAGUCGAUAACAUUGUCAUCAUUUACCGUUGGUCUGUAUAAGGGAAACAGAGUGGCUGUGAAGAAGAUACAUAGAAAGAAAUUGGAUUUAAAUAAAAAACUCUUGUGGGAGAUAAAACAGGCCCGCAACGUGUCUCACGAAAACACAGCGCGCUUUAUCGGCGCAUGUGUGGACUGCCCGUUGGUGUUUAUUCUCACUGAGUACUGUCCUAAGGGCUCCUUGAAGGAUGUGCUUGCGAAUGAGGAGUUACAACUUGAUUGGAACUUCAGGACUUCCCUCGUGCAUGAUAUUGUACAGGGUAUGUGUUACCUACAUAGUGGAUUAGGAGCACACGGCAAACUCCGCUCGUCGAAUUGUUUGAUUGACGGACGCUUCGUGCUCAAAAUAUCCGACUACGGGCUUAACACACUAUGCACGCCCACUGACUUGAUAAAGGAUGAUUCUUAUUAUUACAAGUUAUUAUGGACAGCGCCAGAACUAGUGGCAGGAAGUGUGUAUCCCGGUAUAGUGGCCUCGCUUAAAGGGGACGUAUACAGUUUCGGAAUAAUAUUAGAGGAGAUUGUGCUGAGAGCUGGCCCAUUUCACCAUUAUACUUCUACUAUGUCAAAUAAAGAAAUUGUGUCUCGUGUGUGUGCCCACGAGUGCCCCCCUUUUCGGCCCGUAGUGGGGGUUACUGAACCAGCGGCUAAUGGAGGAGGGGGUGCCGCCACUGAGCUACUGGAACUGGCUGCCCGAUGCUGGGUAGAGUCGCCCGAUGACAGACCGACCUUUGAUGCUAUUAACGCUAAUUAUAUUAAAGGCUACUGCGAUAAUCUCAUGGAUGAUCUUUUGAGCCGAAUGGAGCAGUAUGCCAACAACUUGGAGUCACUUGUUGAAGAAAAAACUGAACAGUUAUCGUUAGAGAAAAAACGGUCUGAGGAGUUAUUAUACCAGGUUUUGCCAAGGCCAGUCGCUCAGCAGCUUAUGGCAGGCGAAGUGGUCCAACCAGAGAGCUUCGAAUGUGUGACAGUGUACUUCAGUGACAUUGUAGGCUUUACCGAACUCUGCGCGGCCUCCACACCUAUGCAGGUUGUGGACCUGCUAAACGAUCUGUAUAGCACCUUUGACCGGAUCAUCGGGUUUUAUGACGUUUAUAAAGUAGAAACUAUAGGUGAUGCGUAUAUGGUGGUAUCGGGUCUACCAGAACGUAAUGGAGAUCAGCAUGCAAGAGAAAUAUGUCUCAUGGCCCUCGCUAUAGUAGAGGCUGUCAGGACUUUUGUCGUCCGCCAUCGUCCCACGCAUAGGCUUGAGGUGAGGAUAGGUAUUCAUUCUGGGCCAGUGUGUGCGGGUGUAGUAGGAGUGAAGAUGCCACACUACUGUCUUUUUGGAGACACUGUCAAUACUGCUAGUCGUAUGGAGUCUACUGGACAACCACUCCGUAUACAUUUAAGCGAAAGUACGCGGUCACUUCUGGACCAAUGGGGCACAUUUGUGGUCGAGCGUCGUGGCGAUGUGGAACUAAAGGGACGCGGUCGAAUGCUAACACAUUGGCUGGUCCAUUGCUCUGAACCAGAAGCCCGUCUGGUUCAUGAACCGCAACCACCGCCCCAGUACCCCAUUUUAUUCCCCGCUAUUCAACCCCCAAUCAUACACACGCCUUAUUUAGUAGUUGAACCACCUACAAUUGCAGCUUAA